AUGCUGGCAGAAGGACCUGGGGCCACAAAGCCCAGGUGGGACUCCAGCGUGGCUGCGGUAGACGGGGUGAUGAACGAUGAGAUACUGGUGGCAGGACUUAGGAAAUCGAGAUAUGCAUCAUUGCAAGCCGGCUACAUGGCUAACACUCCAGACAAGCGACUGCAUCCACUGAAAGGACACAAUCCAGUUGCUAUGAGUAUGAAGGCAGACAUGUCGGAGGGAGGAUCAGUGGCGAGGUCUGAGGCAGCCUCGAGCAGGGAUGUGAAUGGCAAUGGCCUAGUCUUGGCCUCCAUUGUCCGUGGCGUUGUCGCAGCAAGCGGAGUCGGCUGUGAGACUGUGGUUGCGUCAAACAGAUCCCAUGCCGACCAACAACCUUGCUGGACCACAAGGUGCCACAGGGAACAAAUGGAGAGCUACUGCACACUGGAACUGAAGCGCCGCCCCCACACGGAUGUGCAAGUCAAGGUGACAUUUGCGAGCCUGGAGUGCACAGCCAAGGCGAUCAGCUUUGCGCACGCCAGCGCUCCGCAAAUGACGUGGGAGCCACUGGGCAGCAUGGGCCUGCGAAGCCACAGGGACUCACGCCUGCAGCACGUCAUCAAGCUCGGCGCACACACCCAGAUCCAGCGCUACCUGCGCAUCACCCUCGUGGGCCUCCUGCAGUCCCCAGGCUCAGGCUCCCACAAGGUGGUGCGCAUGAGGGUGGUUGCGCCAACGCCAGCCACUGAGCGCAGCAUGGCCAGGGAGGUGUCCAGCAUACCUGCUCAUUACCCGCCAGGCUCCGCUGCAAGCACAGCCGCGUACGCCAGGCGGCCAGCGGACGCUGCGCAGCAGUCGCCCGCCGCAGAGCUGCCGCAGGAACCUCGCAGCAUGCAGCCAAUGCCGGAUGCAGCGGUGAUCACAGUGCUGGACGCUGGCUACGCAAACCCACGCUGGCAGAGCCUUGCUGGGUCGUCGAGCGCGCAGCAGGACACGCGGUCUGCACCCAAGGGCCCGGCUGCUCAACCUACAGCGCCCAAAGCACCUCCUCGGCCGCCACCACCUCCCCCAAGGCCUCUAGGGCUUGCAGCGAAGGCAGUGGGUGCUGCGGGACCGAAGGCGCCCCCACCCAGGCCACCUCCGCCGCCUCCAAGUAAAGGCGCAAAGGCAGCGCCGCCGCCGCCCCCGCCGCCGCCCCCCGCCAAAGCUGCCGCAGCUCAACAGACCAAGGGGGCACCUCCUCCGCCGCCACCACCACCGCCAGGCAAGCGGCCGGGCGGCGGGGGGCGUGGUGCCCCUCCGCCCCCGCCACCACCACCGCCAGGCAAAGGGCCUGGCGGUGGGGGCCGCGGUGCCCCCCCAGCCCCGCCACCGCCACCACCGCCGGGGUCAAAGCGGACUGCAGUGGGGCCUGCGCCCCCGGUACUGCCCCCCGCUCCUGCCGCCGCGACCGCGCCCGUUCUGCUGCCCGGAAAGACGCCUUCGCGCCCGACCAACAAGAUCUUCUGGGACAAGCUUGACCCCCAGCAGGUGGCCAACACAGUUUGGGGUGAGCUGGAGCCGGUGGAGGCGGACAUCGACUACGACAAGCUGGAGGACGAGUUCGCGGCCAAGGCGACUGCCACGCUCAAGGGCGGCCGCGCGGACAAGGCGCCCAAGCACAAGAUGCUGCUGACCAUGCAGCGCGCCCAGAACGUCAGUGUCUUCCUGGCAAAGCUCAGGAUGACGCCUGCGCAGAUCAAGGAGGCGGUGCUGCAGUGCGGCACUGACAGCGAGGACUGCCUGGCGGACGAUGAGCUCGCGGGACUGCUGCAGUGCCUGCCCACUGUGGAGGACGUGCAGCGGCUGCGAGCGGCGCCCAAGGACACUGCGCAGCUAGGCGAGGCCGAGCAGUUCAUGCUUGCCAUGAUGUCCAUUCCCCAGGUGGAGCAGCGGCUGCAGGCGGCGCGGUUCGAGCGCCAGUUUGGCGGCCGGGAGGCGGCCACGCGCGCGCAGGUGGGCAUGCUGCGCGCGGCGUGCGAGGAGGUGCGCGGCAACAGGACGCUGCCCGUGCUGCUCAAGAUGAGCCUGGCCGCAGGCAACUUCCUCAACUGGGGCAACCGCGCGGGCGGCGCCGCCGGGUUCCAGAUCGAGUCCCUGCUCAAGCUCAAGGGCCUCAAGUCCCGCCUGCCCGGUCGCACCCUGCUCCACUUCGUCGCCCAGGAGCUGGCGAAGAAGCACGCGGACAAGAUGCCGAUCCAGGGCAGCCUGCGCGCGGUGGCGGCUGCGUCGCGGCUGGCGCUUGGGCCGCUGCAGGCCGAGGUGGCCGACCUGCUACGCUCCCUGGCUGCCGUCCAACGCACGCUCGACGCCAUGCCCGCCAACGACGGCGACUCCUUCCGCCAGGUGAUGACUGCUUUCCACAAAAGGGCGGAGAAGAAUGUGGCGUCCCUGGAGGCCGAUCUAGCCGCGGCGGUGGCCGCGUUUGGGCAGCUGGCGGCGUACGUCAACGGGACGGCCAAGGCGAGCGUGUCGGACCCGCAGGCCUUCUUCACCGUGCUCAUCACCUUCGCGCGCGACCUCGACAUCGCCCACUCUGAGGUCACCACCGCCGAACAGAAGGCGGCACGGCGGACGGAGAAGGCGGAGAAGCGCACCAAGAAGCCGGCCGAGCUGCCGCCUCUGCGCCAGCGCGACAACAUGCUGAGCCACGUGCGCGCCUUCCAGCGACUGCGCCCCGAGGACCGCAACGCCCUGCUCACAGAAAAGGGUGCGAGGGAGCGGAUGAGGAGGCUGGGCCUGCAGCAGCGCAGCAGCGUUCCCUCCCUGCAUGCAGCGCUGGCCGCGGAGGCCUCGGCCGCACUGGGCAUGCUGAGCGGCGGCAGGCUCGCCCAGGAGGUGCAUGCGGACCCCCCGGCCGGCGGCGGAGAGGCCAACGUCCGCGCCAGCUGCCCAACGAAGCCCCUGCCAAGUGGGUUGCGGCUGCCGCUGAGCGCGCGGCUGCAUGGGACAGACUUCAGCCUGAGGGCGUCGCAGGCCGGUCAGCUGACGGCGCGGCGGGCGCUGCAGCGCGGCUCCCGGGGGCCCCUCACCGCGCGCAGCCUGUGCAUCCCGCUGCCGGUCACACCCCGCCACGGCGGCAGCCUGUCUGCGCGGGGGCCCCUCGCACGCGUAUCCGUGGCCGGCCUCAGGGCCAGCCGCGCCAUGCACACUGGCGCAUCCCCAGGCUCUGCUCACAGGGCCGAGGAGGAUGGGUGGAAGGAGAUGACAGAGGCGGAGAUCAACGCCGAGGAGGAGGCGCCAGCAGAGGCCAACAGCGUUACACCGCGGCAGCAGCAGCCUCUUAAAAGCGGCGGCGUCCUGUCGCCGGUGCCAGAGGACGAGGCGGCCAAGACGCGCAGAUCCAGGCACGGCGCACACCUCAUGGAGGUGGCAGCUGGACUGCGGCAGAGCGGCAACCAUGCAGAAGAGUCCAUCCGCAGCAAGGGCUUCCCUGGACAGGAGGCAGAAACCAACAGAGGAUCUGUGGCUCUUGCUGGCAGUCAGGAGGUCAAUGCGGCCGGCAUGCGGAAGUCUGCCGGCGGUCAUCUGGACACUGCAUCAGCCUCAUCAACGCCAAUGAACCCCCUCUGCACACCAGCAGGCGACGUGACAGCCAGCAGCUGCACAGUCGUCCCUGCCGCAAGACACGCUCCCAGCAUUCCCGCACCAGGGGACCAGGGGCAGCAGUCUGCUUCACAGGGCUUCCCACAAGCGACGCCGGUGCCUGUCCAUGACACAACCCCACAGGACUGGCCAGAAGGGCCGCACCAGAGCGAGCAUGCUCGCCCCGAGCAGCCCUACCUGCACCCGGUCAGCCUCUUUGACCAGCUCGGGCCGCACCCAAUGCAGAGCCUCACGCAUCUGCCCGCUCAGCCGCAGCACGCAAGCGCUGCAGCCAACGUGCGAGCAAGCCUCACAGCGAGGCACGCCAGAGCAGCGGACCCCAGCCGCUCGGCGUCAAUAGGCAGCGCUGCUGGCUCCUCAGACGGCUCCCACGACAGCUUUGCCGCCGAACCGGCUUCGGCGCGGAAUGAUCACGAGGCAAGCUCACGGGGUGCUCACGGGGCAGUGGAGGGUGGUGGGGCAGGCCACGUAGCAGGAGGGGACGCCAACGGACAGGUGCCUGUGCGGCGCAGCCUGCUUCCGCCGGUGCUGCCCAAGUACCGGACGUCGCCGCUGCGAACGCCCAAGCCCGGCAGCCUGCACGCCAGCUACGCUGUGCCCAGGCCCGCUGCACAGCCCACGUGGAGACGCUCCGCCGAUGCAAGCUUAGUAGCAGCCGCCCCCAACCAUGAAACUGCUCCUACCGCUGCUGCUGCUGCUGCAGCUGCAUUUGCUGGCCCUACGCUGGCUGCUCCGGUUGGCGCGGUUGGGGACAACAGCCUGCAGCAUGCAGGGGCAGCCCGCAGUGUCAGCUUUGGCGACGCCGGUGUUGCUGCUGUCAUGGCGGGAUGGAGGAGGGGCGAGGCUGAGGCGGAGGCUGCGCAGCGCUCUGCACCCUCUGCAGUGCACAGGUAUGCAGACGCGGGAAGCGUGGGAUCAGAGGAGGAUAAUGGCAUUCUUGAGGAAGAGGCAAGCAUGCAGGCAGACAGCAUGCGAGAGGCUGCGUCCAAGCCAGGUGGUGAAAGUGUUGCAUGGCAGCAGGCAGCGGACGAGUCUCCCUCGCUCACAUCCAGCAGCGCCUCUGAGGAGGUGGGACAGUGGCAGCAGAGCGCUGCUGCAGACGGGGCAGCGCCGUCGCCCUUCAGCCCAGACAUGGGGAUGCUACUGGAGACACUGCCCACGCCCGCACCCGGCAGCUUUGGCUUUGCCGGAGACACAGGGAGGACUCCAGAGACGCCGGUCAUGGUGGCAGCGCCAAAAGAGGCAGGGCAGGAGAUGCGGCCGGCGCCCGGGGAGCGCUCGCCGCAGCCCAAGGGGCAGCGCCCGCGCUCGGCGCAGCGGCAGGUGGUGUCACACCCGCUCCACAUCAGCAGCGACGAGUCCUUCGAGACCGAGUUGGGGCCCCUCGGCCGCUCCAUGGAAGCCGGCCCCCUCAAGCAGGAGCUGGGCAUCAAGCAGGACAGCGCGCUCAAGGCGGCGUUCAGCCGCAUGGGGGAGGCGGGGCAGCUGCGCGGCAGCUGCGCGCUCAUCUCCAGCAUGCACCUUUCCCCGGGGCCGCUCGGCCGCUCCGUCGAUGUCGGCCCUGCCGCGCCGCAGCGCCCCAGGCGCAUGCACAUGGCUGAGGUCACCAACCUUCGCCUGCAUGAGCGCAGGGAUCCGCAGCAUGCUUCUGCCCCUCACGCUGCACAGGGCAAUGUGCCCUCCAAGCUGCAAACCACAGCGCACUCCGGCAUCACUCCGUUCCUCGAGCGGCAACGACUGGCGGAGGAUGGAGCCACUGCGGCAGAACGUGACGGCAUGAAUGACAAGGAGCAGUUGCUGGAACUCACUGGCGAGCUCACUGGCGACAUUGACCAGGGCCUCUGCCUCCAGCCGCUGAGGGACUCGCUGCAGAUGCAUUCGCGGCUGGGCGCCGCUGCGGCAGCGGCGCGGCUGCUGGCAUCAAUUUCGCACCCGCCAGAGUCCGACUGGCCCGGGCCGCUGGAGGCUGGGCACCGUCGCGCGCGUUCCCUCAUCCUCACCCCGCCGGAGUGCAAGCGGGCCGCCCGCUGUCCGCCGCCGCCCCCCGCCGCCCCGGCCCCGGCCGCCGCAAAAGCCGCGCAGUGCAAAAACUCCGCUGCUGCCGUCACUGUGGAUGACGACCUGAUGGUGCUGCCCGUGAAGCAGCUUUUCCUGAGGCCUCCUAUAGUUCAUCUGGGCAUCAGGACUACAUUAGUCCAAACUUUCGCAGAGAAAGACCACGCCGAGGAGAAGCUCAAGCUGUUCCACUCAUAUCAGACACGCGGACAAAAGGAGUAA